CCCAAGUCGUGAGAUUGAGAUAACAGGGCUAGGUUGUUGAGCCUCCGUCAAUUUGACCCCUCAGCCUCUAAUUCAUGCGUAACUUAUCUACACUACUUCAUAAUCAAUCCCGUCUAUAAAUGCUACUCGCUAUAAAGCGUAACUACUAUGGAUUUUAUCCAGGAACAUCCGGAGGCCGAUGAAAAUUACUAUUCAACUGAUAGCGACUCGGGUAGGGAAAGCUCUGGAGAUGAGGAGGAGCCACUUGUUACUUCCUACGCCGUAUCAGCAGAAGGGUUACUUAAGAGUAUCUUAAAAGAUAUAUCUGAAGGAGUUGAGGGUUUAAGUAAUAAAGGGGACUACCAGAAUCUCGUACGAGAUGGGAUAUCGGCAGAGCGUCUCACUGAGCUCGCUGCAGACUACACUAACCGCACCGUACUUCAUGAUCUGGCCAGUCGAAAAGAUGAUAUCCCCGACCUCUCAAAAUUACGGGGUUUACUCGAGUUCCUCGUGCAACACCCAAGCAAUUUAUUAGCUGAGAAGAAUCAGAGUGGCGGUCAUACGCCACUACAUAUAGCGAUAAUAGAAGGAAAAGAAGAUUUCGUAAAGCUAAUUUGCGGUGCACACCCCAACAUUGAUUCUAUUCUCUCAAUCCCAGACCACCUGGGGAAAAAUUGUCUUCACGUGGGUAUUGAGCAGGAAGUAGAAUUCCUCGAUUACCUUGUUGAAAUCGCUGGGGCGCAAACAUUGAGUGCUAAAGACAGCAAGGGAAAUACACCACUUCAUCUAGCUGUGGAGUAUGGGCACUGUAAGCCCAACCAGCUUCGCGUGGUAAAAGCUAUCGUGGCGAAAUGCGAUGAUGUUAUGAGGUUUUCCGAAGAAUCCGACGAGUCUAGUGAUUCACGCGCCCUGACGUAUAAUAAUAAUCACUUAUCUCCCUACCUGUAUCAUAUUACAACUCGCGAAGCAGCCGAGGCGGAAAGAAGAAGAAGAAGAGAAGCCAAAAAGGCGAAGGUGGACAAAACCACGAUUGAACGAAAGAAAACAUCGGGUUCUUCUAGGAAAGAUGGACGGACGAAGAAUAGGGUCGCUCCGCCGGAUGCUCGUUCAGUUCCUUCGGAUCCCAGUCAGGUGGGGCCAAGAGAUCCUCGAAAUAGAUCCAAUAUAUCGGCCAAUCUUGACUUCAAUGGAGAAUUUGGGAGGGACUCCUACGACAUGAGAGAUAAUGCUAUGCAGGCGACAGAUCCCUUGCCCUCAAGUGCACAAGGUCAUCGGCUUAAUGUCAACAGUUCAGCACAAGGGCAUAAUACCAAACCAACUAACCACGAUUUAUUUACGAAGUCAGAACUAAAGAAACGUAACUCAGGCCUGAAGCCAUCAAGCAAAGAGGCUAGAGACACCCGUCAAUUGAAGCCGACCAAAGAAUCUGCGGAAGAAAUUAGACUUUUCCUUAAGUACCACUACCUUCGGAAUCGCGGCCACGAUUCUGCCAUAGAAAUCAUAUACGAUCGAAAAAGCUCGCUAGAUAGGCAAAUUUAUUUUGACCUCUCAGGAUACACUACUAUGACGCGUCGUCGCUUGAUGACGGCACUUAAACAUAUCAGGUUCGACGAUAUUCUACAGCAUGUAGAAGUGCCACAUAUAACUAUUGAAGGUAAUGACUCUUUGCCGAAUACCCCUAAACUUCGUGAUUAUUCGGUAAAAGCAGACUUAGGCGGCAACGGACGAGCGGAUCUAGUAUUUAUAUUUAGAUGGUUACGAAGCAAAGGUGUACAAACAAUACUCCAGGUCAUUAUCGAUGACUUAGGUCCUAUAGCGCAUGGAGACGAAGCGAUUGAAAAAGCGCUCAGUGGCUUUGGGGUUGAGAUUUGGAAUUGGAAGAAGAGAGACUUGUGCUCCGAGGUAAUCGUCAACGCAGCGCCAAGAGUACAAGUCGUAUAUCUAUAUUGGAGUGGGAACAACGCCGUUCUACGGGGUUGGUGCGAAGAAGGUGGCUUAAAGAAAUUAGAGGAGUUGCGAAAAAUCCAUAUUCAUGGUCAGCAAGGCUUUGACUCUUACUCCCGCACCGAGUCCAACCUUGAGUAUUUCAAAAGUCGGAUGAUUGCGACCAACCCUAAUAUCGAAAUAACAUGGGACGGGCUACAAGCCGUACGAGAGCCUCAGGCAACCAAAGUCGCUCUCCCACAACUUCCUCGCCAACCUGCCCAAGAUCAUUGGAUUAAGUGUAUGACUGAAUUCAGAAGGUUUCUCUUUCAGGCAGAAGCCAAUUUCAACAAGAGCCAAAAUAUGGUGGUCGAAGACAAGAUUGGCGAACCGGUAAAGGUGGCGCUAAUCGAUGAUGGUAUUAACAUUAAUGAAUUAGAGUAUUACCCGGUGGGUGGAAGGAGUUUCUGUCCGAGAACAGAGGACAAGGCUUUCAACUAUCCGUAUUAUGUUUCGAGCAGUGGCCAUGGCACAGUUAUGGCUAGCCUUAUAUACAGGAUAUGCCCACGAGCCCAGCUCUAUGUCCUGAAACUAGCGGACCAUAUAGGUCGUGACGGGAGUCGCCAGAUCACAGCUAAGAGUGCUGCACGGGCAAUCAGCGAAGCCGUAAGGAUGCAGGUUCAUAUCGUCUCGAUGUCAUGGACUAUCGACCCCCCUAAAGACGAGAAAACACGAAGUGAACUUGAAAGUGCGAUUGGCGAGGCAGUAAAGCGGAAAAUUCUCCUCUUCUGCUCAGCAAGCGACGGUGGAGCAAAAGAAGAUCACAGCUAUCCGUGGAUGGCAGCUCGCGACAGGAUUUUCAGAAUCGGAGGGGCACACGCGUCAGGCCGAACAGAUGACGAAGUCGGAAGUACAAGCCAAAUAAAUUUUACAUUCCCCGGGAAUGAUGUUAUCCUGGAAGGCGUCGGUUCAAACCACGAAGUGAAGUAUCGAACCGGUUCUUCGGUUGCCACAGCACUUGCUGCUGGCCUUGCCGCUCUGAUCCUCUACUGCGUUCAAAUACGAAUACUACGUGCUAGUAAGGAGGACGCCGAAGUAUAUAAAUCCUACUUUAGGCAAUUAACGGAUCACGACCAAAUGGUGAAGGUAUUCAGGAGAAGCAUCGGGGUUACGGAGGAAAGUAACUAUAAGUAUAUCGCAGUAUGGGAUACGUUCGAAAAGCCUAUUAAGCUAAGCAAGGAAAAGGAUCCAGAAAGGUGGAUUGACCUAAUUGCUAGGGUUGGCGAAGAGCUCUGUAUGAAGAUUUCAACUUGAUGAAUCCUACCAGAAGUAAAUAACUUAGUCUAUAUCGCUAAGUGCUACCUCUGAUUUAACCACUCGUCCAACCGAUUCCCUUUUGGUAAACGACUGUACCGAAGCUUCAUAAGGCGUCAUCUACUUCGCCUGUAACCAUGCUCGCCGCUCGGAACACCCUUAACACCAGCACCAAUACUUUUCUAGGCAAAACUUUCGCCUUACUUCUUCUGGAUGCUUUGGAGGUACGUGAAGAUGCCGUCAAUUCUCAAGUUCUCACUGUCCUUGUAGCCAGGCACGUAUCGGUCACCCCACGGCUGUAGUUGGGUGUCUAGGUACGGCAUAGUUAGCACUGAUAUCAGAUUCAUCCGUUGGAUAAGUCUUACCCCAAGUCACAUCUGGCUUCUUGGCACAGAUAAAAGUGAA